CACCUUGGUUUCCGUCAACAGAGCUCACUCAAACUUCUCUCUGUCGAUCAAUUUUCGAACUCCGUGAGUGAGAAGAAAAGGCCGAACCCCUUUGGAAUUUAGCGCAAUUGAAAAUAAGAAUAAUCUUAUAAUUCCUCGAAAUUUGAAGCUCACCUUUUCCACCAUCAUUUUUCUCAUCAACUACUCCAUUUUCCCUCGAAUCCCAAAUGCAUUUAUAUGCUAAAUGCUAAAUUCUUUUCCAUUAACCAAAACUGGAGCUUUCCCUGUUUCUUGUUUUCUACUUCUAGCAUCCAAGAAACCCAAAUUCCCCAUUAGUUUUUCAUCGUUGAAUUCAUAAAAAUCGCAUCUUGAAAAAUCGCAUCUUGGAAAUGUGGUUUGUGUGUUUAAUUUUUUUCUCGAAUUUUCUGAGUUGGUGAUGAGAGAUUGUUUCGGUUUGAGAGAUUUAGUAUUCUGCAAUGGGGAGGCCGAGUUUUGCGGCGGCGCCGGCUGCGGCAGUGAGCGGCGGAGUGGAGAGGGAGGACUAUUGGAGGAGCUUCGACAACUCUGUGAGUGCGGUGUCGUUUGGAUUCGUUGCCACCGCUAUUCUCAUCUCCAUGUUUCUUGUGAUGGCUAUUUUUGAGAGGUUUCUCCGGCCACCGUCGUCGGACGCUGCCGCCGCCGCCAGCCUUGACGGCGGUGUCGGAAAUUUGAGAAAGAUGGACUAUCCUUGUCUAAAGAUGGGUGUAUACGCAAAGGAAAUUUCAGUGUUGAUGCCAGGUGAAAGGUUGCCUACUUUCAUCGCUCAACCGGCGCCUGCACCAUGCCCUCCCGAAUGUGUCUCCCGGCCCACCUAUACGUUGUCCUAGAUAUUUCCGAGCACAGCCUUAUGAAUCAUGAUGAAUAAGUGAAGAAAGUGUUCUUUUUGAGGUGAUUUUUAGAUGCAUAAAGACUACGCCAUGGGUUGUGGAAGUUCUUGUUUAUUGUAGUACUAUGUAUAUAGUUCUUAUCUCAAGUUGAAAUCAUCCUUGGAAUGCUUUCUUGGUGUUUAACCA